GUGGUAUCAGUAAAAAUUACAGCCUCUAUGGUCCGCAAGCCGUUUUUUGUGGUACACUCUGGAUAUACUGUCUAUGGGAUAUACUUGUGUUGUGUAAAGUAUUCUUCUACUCUCUUUCUAGUCUUCUGAUUUCCGACAGUCAAACAAACGCACCAUCAAGUUCUCGCGUUUUUGCGGUACGUGCGCGACGGUUGAUCUUUCUGAGCGCAACAUCUACAACAUGGCUGACGUUACAGCGGUAGAAGAAGAGAAACUCAGCAAAAAGUCUGUCUGCUGACUGUGGUAGCUCAGCAUGCUGUGUCUGGUCAGGGCAGCCAGGCAGCAGCUGUGCCAACUUGCCUUUGGGGUCAGGGGACAGUGGUUAAAAUGUGCACCCCCAUGUACAACUGCAGUCCCUGCUCAAAUGUACGGGAUCCGUUGGAGAGGUGACAAAAGUGAGCUGAAGAGACGAAUGAAAGCUGAAAAGAAGGCGGCAGAGAAAGAAGCCAAGGUCAAAGAGCAGGUGGAGCAAAAGCAGGAAUCCACUGACCAGGCGGCACAAAAUGCCUGUGGGUUGGAUGAGGAGACACUUGACCCAAAUCAAUAUUACAAGAUCCGCACCCAGGCCAUUGAGGACCUGAAGGGCACAGCAGAGGACCCCUAUCCUCACAAGUAUCAUGUAGACUUGUCACUUACAGAGUUCAUCGAGAAAUACAAUAAUCUACAACCUGGAGACCAGCUGACUGAUGUUGUUCUCAAUGUGUCAGGCCGCGUCCAUGCAAAGAGGGCUUCUGGUGCCAAGCUGAUUUUCUACGACCUGCGAGGUGAAGGUGUCAAGUUGCAAGUCAUGGCAAACUCAAGGAGCUACAAGUCUGAGGAGGCCUUUGUAGCCAUCAACAACAAACUGCGGCGCGGUGAUAUUAUCGGUGUUUGCGGUAACCCAGGGAAGACCAAAAAAGGGGAGCUGAGCAUCAUUCCCAUCGAGAUGACCCUACUAUCACCAUGUUUGCACAUGUUGCCCCACCUCCACUUUGGCCUCAAAGACAAGGAAACACGAUUUCGCCAACGCUACUUGGAUCUGAUUCUCAAUGACUACGUGAGGCAAAAGUUUAUAACUCGCGCCAAAAUCAUCACAUACCUGCGCAGCUUCCUGGACCAGCUGGGCUUUUUGGAGAUUGAGACACCAAUGAUGAACGUUAUUCCUGGUGGAGCAGUGGCCCGUCCAUUUGUUACUUACCACAAUGAGCUGGAUAUGAACCUGUACAUGAGGAUUGCUCCUGAGCUCUACCACAAGAUGCUCGUGGUUGGUGGAUUAGACAGAGUGUAUGAGAUUGGUCGUCAGUUCAGGAAUGAAGGCAUCGAUCUCACUCACAAUCCAGAGUUCACCACCUGUGAAUUCUACAUGGCAUAUGCUGAUUACCAUGACUUGAUGGAAAUCACAGAGAAACUACUCUCAGGAAUGGUGAAGCACAUCACUGGAGGAUACAAGGUGACUUAUCACCCUGAUGGUCCGGAGGGACAGGCCUGUGAGAUUGACUUCACGCCGCCAUUCAGAAGAGUAAGCAUGACGCACGACCUGGAGAAGAUUAUGGGAGUGAAGUUUCCGCCUGCUACCAGCUACGACAGUGAUGAGACGCGUGCAUUCUUUGACAAGCUUUGUGCACAGAAAGGAGUUGAAUGUCCUCAACCCCGAACCACUGCCCGCCUCCUUGACAAGUUGGUUGGAGAUUUCCUUGAGGUCACCUGCAUCAACCCCACAUUCAUCUGUGAUCACCCUCAAAUCAUGAGUCCCUUAGCAAAAUGGCACAGAUCAGAGAAAGGCCUAACGGAGCGUUUCGAGCUCUUUGUGAUGAAGAAGGAAAUCUGCAAUGCUUACACUGAGUUGAAUGAUCCAAUAAGACAGAGACAGCUUUUCGCACAGCAAGCCAUGGCCAAAGCUGAGGGUGAUGAUGAAGCCAUGUUCAUUGAUGAGACUUUCUGCACAGCUCUGGAAUACGGACUGCCACCAACUGCCGGCUGGGGGAUGGGCAUCGAUCGUCUCACCAUGUUCCUCACUGACUCCAACAACAUCAAGGAGGUGUUGCUCUUCCCAGCCAUGAAGCCCGACGACAGUAAGACAUCAGCGCCCACAGAGGGCACCUCUGUCUAAUGACAUGACCUCUGACCUCUCCUGCUAUCUGAUGUGUGCAGGAGUCCGUAUCGAGUAGGAGCCCUGACCUCACUUUAGUCAUCAGUGGAGCUUACAGGUUCUGUUUUUUAUUAAUGUUAGUCUGUCAAAUGUUUGCUUCUUGCUGUCAUUAAGGGAAAUCAUCUUCUCAGUUAUAUGGUUGGCUGGUAAACGAUGACGAAUGCUUCUUUUUUUUUCUUUUGUAUUUCUUACACUUUUGCCAUCAUAUUUGCCAUGUCCUCCUUGUUUGAUGUAAGGAGACAUUUUAAUCCUUGGUGUCAUCUAGACAGUAAAUCAAUGGUGUUUGAUCAGAAAGUCAUGCGUGAUCUGCUGUUCUAUGCAAACUUGGAUAAUAUUAUUUUUGAAUAUACUUUGAGAUACUUAAAGGGGGGCUUUAUUCUGGCUACUAAAUACACCGUAGAUAACCACAUAAGCUCAAGAACCUGUAAUAUUUUUAAGUAUAUUCAUCUGUUUUUACCAGGUGUGCUUAUAUUCUGUCUGAGACUUUUCAUAGACUCCAUACAUUACGUACUCCUCUGCGAAGAUGUUUAAACAUGGGUAUGUCUGAAUAAAGUACAUAUGAAUCAACA